AUGACGACGCCUGGUAAUUCAGCUGUCAGCUGGGCGCUGCGUUCCGAAAACUGGUCCUUGUACCAGGAACUUCAGCAAAAUCUCCAGCAACUGCAACCAGCCUUCUUCAGCCAGUCGGCGCAGUGUCUAACGCCGGCUGACUCCCCCCUUGCCAUGGACGCAGCCUGGCAGACUGCCACCAGCGGUCGAACCGGAUCAGAGCCAGACUCUAGGACCACCAUAAUGAAGAAAGUAGCGAUAUUGGUAAAAGAACCACCGGAACCGCAUCGUUCGUCGACGGCCCAACACCGCACCAAGAGGGCGCGCGUUGAAGCCGGCAGCGAACACUAUCUUGUCACCCCGAUAUCGUAUGACGACAACGAGGGCGAAAACAGUGACAUAUCUCAGGCGCUGCGAGGCCUGGAAAGGAAGAAGACACAUCGCGUCAAAAGUCGAGCGGCCGCCAAGCGCUUCCGCGAGAAGACAAAGCAAUACGAGACGACCCUGGCCAACAGGGAGGAGCAGAUCAUACAGAAACGCAUAUAUCUGGACGCUUGGGUGAAAGCGCUUAAGAAUGAGGUGCUCGCGCUUAGGAUUCAGAUUCUUGAGCAUAGCAGCUGCGACUGCGAGAUGAUCCAGGGAUACAUUGCGAGGACGGCCUGUAGUGUCGUCUACAGCGGGUACGAAGUACUUGCAAUGCUGCCGUCGUUGAUAUGA